CCGAGGGUCCCUGACUCGGCUCGGCGCGGCAAUAUGGAUCGGAUGGCCAGCUCCAUGAAGCAGGUGCCCAACCCACUGCCCAAGGUGCUGAGCCGGCGCGGGGUCGGCGCGGGGCUGGAGGCGGCGGAGCGAGAGAGCUUCGAGCGGAACCAGACUGUCAGCAUCAAUAAGGCCAUUAAUAUGCAGGAAGUGGCCGUAAAGGAAAAACACGCCAGAACAUGCAUCCUGGGCACCCACCAUGAGAAAGGGGCACAGACCUUCUGGUCUGCCGUCAACCGACUGCCUCUCUCCAGCAACGCCGUGCUCUGCUGGAAGUUUUGCCACGUGUUCCACAAACUCCUCCGAGAUGGACACCCAAACGUCCUGAAGGACUCUCUGAGAUACAAAAAUGAAUUGAGUGACAUGAGCAGAAUGUGGGGUCACCUAAGUGAGGGGUAUGGACAACUCUGCAGCAUCUACCUCAAACUACUGAGAACGAAGAUGGAGUACCAUACCAAAAAUCCCAGGUUUCCAGGCAACCUCCAGAUGAGUGACCGACAGCUGGAUGACGCUGGAGAAAGUGAUGUUAACAACUUUUUCCAGUUAACAGUGGAGAUGUUUGACUACCUGGAGUGUGAGCUAAACCUCUUCCAAACGGUGUUCAACUCCUUGGACAUGUCCCGCUCCGUGUCAGUGACGACAGCGGGGCAGUGCCGCCUCGCCCCGCUGAUCCAGGUCAUCCUGGACUGCAGCCACCUCUAUGACUACACCGUCAAGCUUCUCUUCAAACUCCACUCCUGUCUCCCAGCUGACACCCUGCAAGGCCACCGGGACCGCUUCUUGGAGCAAUUCACAAAGUUGAAAGAUCUGUUCUACCGCUCCAGCAACCUACAGUACUUCAAGCGACUCAUCCAGAUUCCUCAGCUGCCUGAGAACCCACCCAACUUCCUACGAGCCUCAGCCCUGUCAGAACAUAUCAGCCCUGUGGUGGUAAUCCCAGCUGAGGCCUCAUCCCCAGACAGUGAGCCUGUCUUAGAGAAGGAUGACCUCAUGGACAUGGAUGCCUCCCAGCAGAAUUUAUUUGACAACAAGUUUGAUGACAUCUUCGGCAGCUCCUUCAGCACUGAUCCCUUCAUUUUCAACAGUCAGAAUGGUGUCAACAAAGAUGAGAAGGACCACUUAAUUGAUCAACUGUACAGAGAGAUCAGUGGGCUGAAGGCACAGCUGGAAAACAUGAAGACUGAGAGCCAGCGGGCAGUGCUGCAGCUGAGGGGCCGCAUCAGUGAGCUGGAGGCCGAGCUGGCGGAGCAGCAGCACUUGCGGCAGCAGGCGGCGGAUGACAGCGAGUUCCUGCGGGCCGAGCUAGACGAGCUCAAGAAGAAGCGAGAAGACACAGAGAAGGCUCAGCGGAGCCUGACGGAGAUAGAAAGGAGAGCUCAAGCCAAUGAACAGCGGUAUAGCAAGCUAAAGGAGAAGUACAGCGAGCUGGUUCAGAACCAUGCUGAUCUGCUGCGGAAGAAUGCAGAGGUGACCAAGCAGGUGUCAGUGGCAAGACAAGCACAGGUGGAUCUGGAACGAGACAAGAAAGACCUGGAGGAUUCCUUCCAGCGUGUAAGUGAACAGGCCCAGCGCAAGACUCAAGAGCAGACGGAGGUUCUAGAGAGCUUGAAGCAAGAACUUGCCACCAAUAAGCAGGAACUCCAGGUCCUCCAGGGCAACCUGGAAACUUCUGCCCAGUCAGAAGCCAGAUGGACUGCCCAGAUCACUGAACUGGAGAAGGAGCGGGACGGCCUGGUGAGCGCCGCGGCACAGCGAGACGAGGAGCUGUCUGCUCUCCGGGAGCAGCUGGCACACACCCAGCUCACACUGUCCAGCACACAGGAGUCUGCAGAGCAACUGGCGAAGGACCAGCGGAAAAUGCUUCGGAUGGAGGCCAGGAAGGCGGCCGAGCAGGCGAUCCAAGAGGCCCUGAGGCAGCUGGAGGAGCCGCAGCUUGUCAGCUGUGCUGGGUCUGCAGAUCACCUUCUCUCCAGGAUCAAGUCCGUUUCCAGCUGCAUUGAGCAACUGGAAAAAAGCCGGAGCCAGUAUCUGGCCUGCCCAGAAGGUAUCAGUAGCCUUCUCCACUCAGUAACCCUCCUUGCCCACUUGACCGGUGACACCAUUCUCCAAGGUAGUGCCACCUGCCUUCGAGCCCCGCCAGAGCCGGCUGACUCACUGACGGAGACCUGUAAGCAGUAUGGCAAGGAGACGCUCAUCUACCUGGCUUCCCUGGACGAAGAGGAAAGCCUGGGCAAUGCCGACAGCACAGCCCUGAGGAACUGUCUCGGCAAGAUGGCGGCCAUCGGCGAGGAGCUCUUACCCAGAGGCCUGGACAUCAGACAGGAGGAGCUGGGGGACCUGGUGGACAAGGAGAUGGCGGCCACAUCUGCUGCUAUUGAAGCUGCUACGGCCAGGAUUGAGGAGAUGCUCAGCAAAUCCCGAGCCGGAGACACGGGAGUCAAAUUGGAGGUGAACGAAAGGAUACUUGGUUCCUGCACCAGCCUUAUGCAAGCUAUCCAAGUCCUGAUUGUGGCCUCCAAGGACCUGCAGAGAGAGAUUGUGGAAAGCGGCAGGGGUACAGCAUCCCCUAAAGAGUUUUAUGCCAAGAACUCUCGAUGGACAGAAGGACUCAUCUCUGCCUCCAAAGCUGUUGGCUGGGGAGCCACUGUCAUGGUGGAUGCUGCUGACCUGGUGGUUCAAGGCAAAGGGAAAUUUGAGGAGCUCAUGGUGUGUUCCCAUGAAAUUACUGCUAGCACAGCUCAGCUUGUGGCUGCAUCCAAGGUGAAAGCUGACAAGGACAGCCCAAACCUAGCCCGGCUACAGCAGGCCUCUCGAGGAGUAACCCAGGCCACUGCCGGGGUCGUGGCUUCAACUGUUUCUGGCAAAUCACAGAUUGAGGAGACAGACAAUAUGGACUUCUCAAGCAUGACGCUGACCCAGAUCAAACGCCAAGAGAUGGAUUCCCAGGUUAGGGUGCUGGAGCUAGAAACGGAACUGCAGAAGGAGCGUCAGAAACUGGGAGAGCUUCGGAAAAAGCAUUAUGAGCUUGCUGGUGUCGCUGAGGGCUGGGAAGAAGGAACGGAAGCUUCUCCCCCUACACUGCAAGAAGCGGUAGCCGAGAAAGAAUAG